UCUCAUAACAAGAGGGAGAGAAGGUGUAAGCUCGUCCUCGAUCACUUGCUGAAUCUGUAAAUCGGGAUGUCUCUGCGCGAGAAGAUAUGGGCCGACUGGAUUUGGUUUCCAGAAGGCCACGGCUGGGCGGACCUGACUGACCACGAUGGCAAAGUCUUCCCUAAAAUGCAGGACCUCUGGGCUACUGUGCCCAUCGCCUUCUGCUUCCUGGUCAUCAGACAGAUAUUCGAGAGGACGGUAGCGACACCUGUGGCCUCUUUGCUGGGAGUGAAAGACAAACAGCGUGUUUAUGCCCCUUCAAAUCCCACCCUGGAAUCCUAUUUCUGCAGCACAUCAAAGCAUCCCACACAGAGCUCCAUAGAGAGUUUAAGUAAAACGGCGGGCUGUUCGGAACGGCAGGUUCAGAGGUGGUUCAGGCGGCGGAGAAACCAGGACCGGCCCAACAAGCACAAAAAGUUCCGGGAAGCAUGUUGGAGAUUUACCUUUUACCUUCUUGCUUUCUUUGCUGGCCUGGCAGUCCUUGUCGAUAAACCAUGGUUCUAUGAUCUGGAACAGAUGUGGGAAGACUUCCCAAAAAUGCCACUGGUGCCUUCUCAGUACUGGUACUACAAUCUGGAACUAGGCUUCUACCUCUCGCUGCUUUUUAGCGUAGCAUCAGAUAUCAAACGAAAGGAUUUCAAAGAGCAGAUAGUUCACCACGUAGCCACCAUCCUCCUUAUCAGCUUCUCCUGGCUGGUCAACUACAUCCGAGCAGGGACUUUGAUCAUGUUGGUGCAUGAUACCUCCGAUUAUCUAAUGGAGUCGGCCAAAAUGUUCAACUACGCAGGCUGGAGGAAAACCUGCAACUUCAUGUUCACUAUGUUUGCUGCGGUUUUCAUCGUCACCCGACUCGUCAUCCUCCCAUUCUGGAUCAUACACACGACGUGGGUGUACCCCCUGACGCUCUACCCCCCCUUCCUCGGCUUCUACUUCUUCAACGGUUUGCUGAUGGUGCUGCAGGUUCUUCAUAUCUUCUGGGCCGUGCUCAUCGUGCGGAUGGUCGUCAAAUUCCUGCCAGGAAAUGACAUUGUUGAGGACGAGCGGAGCGACAAGGAGGAGACGGAGUCAGAAGACGAAGAGGAGGACAGCGAGGGGAAGGAAAAGUCUAAAAACGGCCACAUUCAGAAUGGCCACACUUCACUCAACAACAACCUCAGGAAGAGGAACUGAUCAGACAGUGAGAGGGUGGAGAGGAGGCCGUGUGACGAAGGGCCCUGGCGUGUGGCCCUCACCUGAAAGCCAAAGAACGGGCAUGUUGAACGGGGCAGCAGGCAGCACACCCACACACUUACAUGCACACACACACACACACACACACUAUUUGUAUAGCUACACCCUCCUUUCUGAAACCCUGGCAAUCUAAUGUGGAUAAUUUCACCUCUGUGGAUCACACUAAAGUAAACGGAGAGAGGACGACUUCACUGGAGAACCACAGUGAUGUUUUUCUAGUACAGCAGCAGCAGCAGAGUGGUGUUGUUCUCGCUCCACGCGCCUUCUCCUCUUCUCCUUCCACCGAAGUGUAAUUUGCUUUUUUCGAAGAUUUUCUGCUGUUGACCAAGUUGCCUGCUUGUAGCUUUAUGUUUUGUUACUGGAAGACGCAGUGGUCAGGACGGGCAUUGCCCUCCUGCACAGUCAGUUAACACUCUUCUAAGUAUUACUCUGAAAGAGGACUGAUUUCUUUUCGCUCUUAGUAACCAACACUGAAGUCAGUGACAUUGUGAGGAGCACGACGGUGAACGAGGCCUUUUGUCUUUCGAUGGACCACGAGCUGAUGUAAGUCAUUUUACUGAAGUGUCCAGCAUCGAUGAUUCAUUUGUGCAUGUUGGUUUUUGCACAUGCCGUUUCGUCACUUCGGUUCUUGACAAUGAUUUUGAGUCAGUGUUGCAAAAAAUAUAUAUAUAUGUAUGUGUGAGUUCCGGUAAAACGAGAUAAUUGGUGAUAAAUAAUAUUUUUUUAACCGUACGAGAAGGUGCUACAUCUGCCAGGUGUGUUGAAAAGUGCCUAGCGUUUGUCUCAAUGUGCUUUGCCUCAUCGGCAGAAGAACGCACAGAGGUCCUUUUUAAAUGUUUGUUUGUGUUUAUGAUUCGUGUCUUUUAUUUUAUUUGUUUUAUUUGUUUUUUCCGUCCAGUAAAAUUUUGGAGCAAUUUGUUUAAGUGUAACCCAAACCAAUCAGUAACUGUUCAUGAAUUCUUUAUGGGCUGGAAGAGUCGAUAGCAUUUCAUUCAUUGUUGUUUCUCCCACCCAUCCAAAGAUGCACUUUAUGGUUUCUUCUAUGGAUCAGCUUUGACUAAUUGUCUAGAAAACAAGCGUGGUAAACGUGUUUGAUUCAAACUCAAACUUAACUCGGUUUUAGUUUAGAGACUUUUACGAAUAUGAUUUCAAUUUAGUUUAAUAUUUAUUGUCAUUAUUUACCCAAGUUCUUCCUCUUUGUUUCAGUGUUUUGGAUCAUUUUGUCUGUAAAAGAAAGUUUAAUGAAAUCUAAAAAUGAAAAGACCAAUGUAUGGUUUACAUCAUUUUGUACAACCUCGUCAUUUCAAGUGCCUUCAUCAUUUCAAGUGUCCGUGGUAAAGACAAAAAUAAAAAACACAAUAUCUGUACAUUAUGUCAUUAUUUCUGCCAACACUCUGUGCACUGUAAGGCUCCGGGCCCCGAACACCUCUCUACGGCUCAGCUCACAAACCACCUCUCACCCGUAGCUACCUUUUUAAAGUGCCUUGCUACUACAGAAUGUGUUUUUAUUCUGCAUUAUGUGUUGCUGAGAUGUAAAAUCAUAAUUAUGAAUGAUAAAGAUAACUGUGGAUAA